AUGAUGGCGUCGGAGGGAAGAGCGACGGCCUCGGCGGCGACUCCACUGCCGCCGCCGCCGCCGGCUUCUGGAACGCGGCCUUCGGCGUCGGAGGGCGAUGAUGUGAGUUGGAGGGAAAGGAUACUUGUACCUACCAUUCUUGGAGGUUCUCAGCCUAUCAUUCCUCGUUUCUUAUGAUCGUCUAGAGGAAUUUGUUUCUCUUGUUGCUGAGGUCAUCGCCCAUCUGUUUGUUAUCCGAUAUGCAGGUCUAGUUGGAGCAAGCGGCGGCUUGUUGUCGAAGCAUCGGAAGGUCCGGGGGGUGGCCAACGUAUGCGCGACGUACGCCGUUAACACGGCCAUAGUUGCCGGAUGCUAUUGCGGUAAUAAUUAUGGUCAUGUCGCUAGCAUUUAGAGACUGGAUCUUGUUGAGCUGCAUAACGGAUCCAGGCACUCUUCUCUAGAUCAUCAGGUGUUGAUGUUUGUAAGUCGGAUUUGAUUGAGUUGGCUAUCGGGGGGAUACUCUAUUUUCAUCUUGAUUAACAGUUAUGCCCUACCGAUGGAAGGAGGAGAUGCUCUGUUUCCAUAAUGGCAUGUAUUAUGCUUAGUUUUAUCGAGUUUUUCCUGCCUGUUGCUCUUCCUCACUACGUGGGGGGCCGUAAUAACAUGAAAUAAUUGAAUCACAUGGGCCACUGCAAUUCUGGAUUCUGGAACUUGGAUUCUCAGUUUAGAAAUGCUAUGUACUUCUUCCGAUUUCACAGAUAGGAUCUGUUCUGAAAACUUGUAUGAUCCUUAGAUUUUCACGCUUUAUUUGCAUGAAAAGCUGCACCAAAAUAUGGUUCUGAAAUCAUUGCCUCAAUCAUUUAUGCUAUUUCUUUCGGAUUGGAAAGUAAUAUUUAGAUUCAUGUUAGAUGAAUCGCGGUUGCAUGAUAGAAUAACGAAUGACCCCCUCCUUUUCAUUUGCUAUAAGAUCAAUCAUUCAAAAGAUGAAGAAUAAGCCCUUCUUUAUGCUCCACCUCUUACGAAGGGUUCAAGGUAUGAAACAAGGCCAAUAUUCUGCCAACAUGCACCUAUUGCCCCCAAUGCUGCAUUUCAAUGGCGGGCUUUAGGAUUCUUGACUCUAGGAUAUCCUCACAGUUUACGAAAUCCUUGGCCAGGCACUUGUAUCAUCUCGGACAAAUGGUCUUAUCAGCUCCUUUAAGAGAACUUUAAUACUAAUGAUAAGCAAUAGACAGAGCUUUAGUGAAAGUUUGACGAUUUUUUUUUCCACGUAGUGUUGAGGUACUACAUAAAAUGACUAAGUUUGAAGCACACAAAAAAUCUUUGUGACAAGAUACUUUUUUAGAGGAUGAUGAUCAAGCUUAGACUACAAAAAUGAGGAAAUUAUGUUUAACAAUAAGGCGGAUUGGUCGAGCUGUUUGGUAGCUUUUCGCUUGUUAUGAGAACCUGGACAUAUUUAUUGUUUUCCUUUUGGAAUCCUGCCUUCAGACUGUUUCAGAAGUCUAAGUUUAGGUCACACGGUACUGUAUUGCUAAAUAUGUGGCCUUUGUCCUGGGAAAGAUGUAAUGAUCGUAUCUGAAUACCUGAAUAUGCCAAAUAUCACGCUGUCCCCACAUGCGCUUGUCCUAAGGGAAUCAUGAAUAUGACUGCACAUAGAAGGUACACUCAUUGGUUUCGCUUUGAUUUGACACGCAACCAUCACUCUCUGAUAUGUGAAGGUUGCUCUUUUCCAGUUAGUCCAGAAGGAUCAGACUUAUUCCUCUUCUUUCUUAGACUCAUCCUUCAUAUUUACUGUACUUAAUGUCCCAUUAGUAGAGUUGUCUGAUCAACUAUCGUUUUUUUAAUCGGAUAGUUCACAGUGCUUUUGUCAGAUACGGGAUUUCUCAUUGAUAGUUGUUUCCCUAGUAUGCUAGCAUAUUUCGAAUGCACAAAUAGAGUCUAUGUUUUUAUUUUCCAGUUCACAAGUAAAAUUAUGCACAACACAUGAGUUUGUUGCAACAAUCAAAGAAUUAAGAGUGCACUGCUUGGCUGCCUUCCGAUUGUCAUCUUGAGGCCAUAGUUCUAUGUCCAGUGAGGCUGCCAAUGUGGAUAUUAUCCCAAAAGUUGCCCCAUAACCAGCCAUAAGGAUUGCUUUUCGGAAUCAACUUAUGGCUACAGUAGCAUACGAAUAUACAGUCGCGUUCGACCUUCAUAGCAUCUAUUGUUUGUGACGGGGAUUGGAUGAGCAAUCUCUAAUAGAGGAUUGGAGCAGCUGAUGAAUUCCAGAGAACAGUGCCGAAGCUAUACGAUCCCAUCACAGGAAGGGAAGGAUAGCCGUGAAGUAAAGGUAAGGUCAAAAGGGAAGUCUUUUGGCGUGGAUUCCCAAUAUGCUUAUUUUAUACUGAUCCUGCACCUGCAGUUUCCACUUGGCCAGUUUGGCCUUCAUUGAUGUUACUAAAGCUGAAUGGUUUCACUUGGGAGAGUUGACUCCAAGCUUCAUACCAGACAUACUACCAUCUGUUAUCUUGAAACCAUAAAGAUGAGG